AUGAAUGAAUAAUUAAAUCUCUAAAGACAUGUUGCAGAGAGAUCUUAAAAUAUUCUUAAAUAAGCUCAAUAAGCUGAAUAAGUAUGUAGAUUCAAUAAUUUAAGAUUAAUUAAAAUAGACUUCUAUCAGAUAUUAUUGAAGCUGCUCAAAAGUCACUUGAUACUAAUCUUAAGAGCAAUCUUCCAGAAAUUUAAAAAGCCUUAUUCAAAUCUGCUCUUAGAGGAUUAGCUUAAGGAAAGAUGACUUAUGAGAAUGAUCCAUUAAUUGAUAUGAUUCUUAAGACAAUCAGAGAACACGUAAGCAAAAUUUAAAACCUAUCACCAGCUGAGUAUAUAUUAAUAAUAUUUUAUUUAGAUAGAAGAAAUUGAUUUCACUCAGUAAGGACUAAUUAGCAGCCAUCUAAGCAAAUGAUAAAAAGUAUAUAUUUAUUAUAAUAAAUUAAGAGCAAAAGAAGAUUUCUUAAGAGCUGAACCAAAGAUAGAUUAAACCCUUAAGAAUUAUGAUAAUGUAAAGAGACAACUAGCUUCUUGGGGACAAUGAA